UUUUUUUUGCUGUGUAGCACGAAGAUCUCAAUCAAAAAGCGGAUUUAACUUUGAAAGGCGCGGUCGGGACUAUCAUUAAAGACUAUUUUCCGCGCCUAACACAAUCACAACGAGUAUUAUUCGAGGAUUCCCCCUUUGGAAUAUUCUUAGGAAUGCAUAUCCCACAUGGUGAUCCCUUACUUGUGCAUAUGAUGAUGUUGCACGAAGUAAGAUAUGUCAACAAAUAUUUGAAAUGGGGAGGUUUCUGUUUGAUAUAGAGGGGAUCCAGUUGGGUUUUGGUGAAACUGAAUAUAUUCUGAUUUGUGGUUUAAAAGUUGGUCCUUAUGUGGAUUUACUCCAUGACGAAAAGGGUCAGUCAAAUUCAAAUCUCCGUGCUCGGUUGUUCCCAGAUAUUUCUGAUGCACGUUUGCGGCUGAAAGAUUUAGAAGACUUAAUUAUGUCCCUGAAUUAUUUGGCACUACAAGAUGAAGAUGUUGUGAUGCUUAUCCAGCUUGUUUUUAUGUUGAAGGGUCUACAUGGACGGUACGUUAAAACGGGCAUUCCUGCAGCAGUAUACAAGCUUGCUGAUAAAAUAGAUGAUUGGAACAGGUUUGCAUGGGGUACGUAUUUCUGGAAAUAUACUUCGUGAAUGAUGCAUGGAAUGUUUAAAAAAAUAUAAGAGUUUAGAGAAUUCAAGCAGGCCAAUCCCGAAUCGAAGAGAGUACACAAGUAUACCGUUCCCGGUUUUAUGCUUCCGUUUAAGAUAUGGAUUUUGGAGACGUUCCCAGAGGCAACCAAGUUUUAUAUACGCACGUCGACAGAAUUGCCACGGAUGAGGCGUGGAGAAGUAAAACACCGUUGAAUUGGGUUCAAUGUUGUCGAAUAAUGAACGUGUAUGUGCCUAACAACCAACUUAUUAAUGUCGUGGCAAACCCGGAGGAGCUGAUGUUGCCGUUUUAUGUUCGUUAUGUCAAUUGGACUCUUAACCCUGUAGAGUCUCCCCCACGGCAAUAUAGUCCCGUCCGAAAUAGUCCACCCCAUGUUGCCUCGCCUGCUCGAAGAAGGAUGUACAAGUCCGAAAUACAAACAUCUUCGAUUGAAUCUGCCACAAAUGCUUCUUCCUCGCAACAUCUUGAAACAAAAACAAGUUAUAUGUCACAUGACACAUCAAGAUUGGUAAAGAAGAAGAAGACGAGCACAAAGGCAUUAGUGAAGCGCCUACUAGGCGUUGUGACUGACUUAAGUUCUAAAGUAGACCGUGUAUUACAGAAAAAAGAUGAACCCGACACAAAUUUUGAACCAGACAAAGGGUUUCGAGAGGAGGAAGAGAUGAUAAAUGAAGAGGAGGAAGAAAAAUAUUACCAUGAUACACAUUUUGACUAUGAUAAUAUAGGUAGUCAUGGUUUGGAGGGGGAAUUUGAGUCUACACCUACGCAUGUUGAGCCGUCAUCGGACGUGGGUGAACAUCACACAAAAGAAAUGACUCCUAUUGUUAGGCCGCAACGAAAGAGGGGUGUUCCAUGGUAUCAGCGGACUCCGUUCACAGUGAUGCAAUCCACACCAAAAUUGAAGAAAAUCACCAAAGCAAAGAAAAAAAAAGUGGUGAAGAGUCCUGAAAAAGCAAAUGAAGACAUUGUGAAUGAAAAGAGUAAUGAUGUUUCAAAUCAUCUCCUGCUCGACAGUGUUAAAGCUGCCAGUACGUUGACUUUUUGGAAAGAAUGGAAUAGGAUCUCUUCCAACCUAAACACUAAACAUAGGUUGCAUAUGCUCACAUUGGAUGUGGAGUUUUGGUUGAGGAAUAUUGCAAAUGGUGUCAGAGGCCAUCCUAAAUGGAAGGAUGUGGAUAUGGUUCUAUUCCCCAUAAACGUUCCUCAUGCCCAUUGGUAUUUGGCAGUGCUACAUUUAGAUAUUUGGAAAGUACACAUUUAUGAUGCAGCACGAUGUAUGAAUUACUUCACAACGUACUUGACUGGUGGAGAAUUCAAAAGUUUUGGGGAUAGUAUAAUCGAAGAGCUAGAUGCGUUUGACUACUGGAAGGAUUUCCCCGAUGGACACAAAGACAACGCAGUUGUAGAGUUUAUUGAUAUUGUAGACGCGCCACAACAAGAAUAUAUUACUAAUAGAGGGGAUUGUGGAGUAUUCAUAAGCAUGUAUAUAGAAAUGAUUGCUUCGGGGGUACCGGUGAAGAGUGAUAAGCCAUGUAGAGAUGCGGGAUUUCUCUACAGAAAUAGGAUGACAAAUAUUAUUUGGGAUACUAAAUAACUUGAUGUUUGGAAGUUUGUAUACAUUAUUAUGAAAUACUUGUUUUUAGU